CUUUGUUUGUUCCGCACACGGCAGCAGAACCGCCGCACACACCCACUUUUUUUUUUUCCCGGGGACUCUGUGUAAUAAAAUCACCUGCUGAGUUGCUCGCUGUCGCAGCCGCUCGGUCUAUCAUGGCCAAGGCGAGUGAUCUGAAGAUCUUCCUGGAGUCUUCGCUGAAUGAGAUCUUUAAAGCGACAGUGAGCGACAUCCUGGACUCAGUGGACCGAACUCUGUCUGAGUACCAGGGCACCAUACAGAGGAUCGAGUCCGAAAACGAGGGCCUGAGGCGGCUGCUGCUUGAGCAGAAGAGCACGGAUUCAGCUCGGAGAGAUUUAUGUGAAGGUGCCACUGAAAAGCUUUCCACCACAGAGUGGAACAAUGGCCCCAUCAGCUCCACCAAGGGUUUGUUCAAGAUGUCCAUAUGCAGCAGUGACAAGAAGAAUUCCAGAAGGAAGAAUAAAGGCAGGGUGAGGGAGAAUGUAUCUCCUCCCACCUUUUUUCACCAGAAUAAUGACAUUGUGAACACCAAAACCUCGAUAUCUGUAAAAGCAGAGCCUGAAUUGGAUGAAAGCGGUGCUAUUGAUCUCUCACAGCCAUCAACACUUCUCAAUCUGACAAUGAGACCAAUAAAAAAUGAGAGCUCGGAGGUCAGCUGUGCCGGUCGUGAUAUUUACACGGGUUUGCUGCUAUCUUCAGGACGUGAAGAAGACUCUGGAGGUAGUGACAGUGAUGUCAAAGUCACAGUUGUUUCUGACGGCUACAUGCAGGACGAACAGUUUGUUACGGCAGUGGAAGAGGAGCAGAAUGGGGCGAUGGCGUACAGUGACAGUUUCUCGAAGCAAGAAUUGAACUAUGAGUUGAAAUUUUAUCCAGAAUCAGAGGUGAAUUCCGGGGGAGCAAGUAGACAAGGUGAGGAACCAGAAGUUGCACCGCUUAAGGAGAACGACUUACCUGCUGUUUCUGCAGAUGAGUUUUUAGAAAUUCGUGACAACUUUUUGCGCUGUCCCAUCUGUCCAAAGACAUUUAGCCGAGCAACCUCACUCAACAUUCACCUCAAGACUCACACCGGUGGGAAGGCUCACAGCUGCAGCUAUUGUGGUAAAUGCUUCAGCCGAUCCGAUCUCCUGAAAUCCCACAAGCGUACGCACACCGGAGAGAGACCCUAUAGCUGCAACAUCUGCACUAAAACAUACGCACAUCCUAGUCAGCUCAGGAUACACAAACGCGUCCACACUGGAGAGAAGCCGUAUUCCUGCUCGCACUGCGGGAAGCGCUUCAAUGAGCACAACCAGCUCAAAGUCCAUCUGCGGACUCACACCGGGGAGAGACCGUACAGCUGCCAGGAGUGUGGGAAAACGUUUAGCAAUGCGGGAAACCUGCGCAUACAUGAGAGGAUCCACACGGGUGAGAAGCCGUAUUGCUGUGCUCAGUGUGGGAAAAGGUUCAACGGCUUGGGCGACCUCAAAACACAUUAUAGAAUUCACACUGGAGAAAGGCCGUACAGCUGCGAGCUCUGCAAAAAGACCUUCAGCCAGGCGGGUCACCUCACUAUACACAUGAGAAUGCACACAGGAGAAAGACCGUACAGCUGCAAUGAGUGCGGCAAGAAGUUCACGGUAGCCAGCAGCCUGAAGCUGCACCAGAGGACUCACACAGGAGAGAAGGAGUACAGCUGCUCGUACUGCAGCAAGAGCUUCAGCAGGUCUGGACACCUGAAGAGACAUGAGCUGGUCCACACCAAAGAGAAGGUCUUCCUCUGCAGUCAGUGUGGGAAGACGUACACGGACCAGAGCUCGCUUAAAAAGCACCUGAAGAUGCACGCAGUAAAAGAGCAGAAGGCUCAGAGCGAAGGCAGCAUCAGCGAAGUGGAAACAAACCCAGCACGACCCUCAGCCUCAGAGACACUUUCAGACACUGACAGAAACUGAAACCAAGUUGUUGGAGGUGAAAGGUGUGUGUGAUUUUUACAAAAUAAUCGUAAUUCAAGGUCCACUUUUUAGCUUUUUCUGAAACUUUUAAACACAUCUUGCUGCUAACAUCAGCAUACAGAGUUUGAUUAUUUCAAAGAUGUGGUUCAACUGACACCAUGUUACCAAACCCGGUACUAAAUGAGCCCCGGGGGAAAAUUUUUAAAUGAUGGAGCAUCGAUGAUCAGGAACAUUAACAAUAUUGUUUGCUAAGAGCCUGCUUGCUCAUUAAAAGUAAGUCUUGGCCUGAUGUUUGUUUAACUGUGUUCAUCAGUUCAUAGCAUCGUCACAACUGUCGAUCAUAAUUUCAGUUUCAUCCAAAUUCCAAGGCCAAUAUCUCAUCGUUGUUUCAACACUGAUGUAAAUGAAAGCAGAAACAUGGCACUUUAACAAAGUAUCUGUUAUUUUAUUUCAGUACCUGAAGUCACAGAGGCCUGUUAAGCUAGCAUAGAGGAGACGACAUUCUACCCCUUAAAGCUGCUGUCCGGAGUUUCCGUUUGUUUUCAAUUUAUGUAUCAUUUUUAACAAAGCUUAAAUGUGUUAGUCUAGUUCGAUACUAUAAUAUAAAGUUAGUAUAACGCGAUAUGAAAAUUUAUUCCUAAGCUCCGCCUUCCUCUCAUAGACCCCCAUGUUAUUCCAAAAAGCGCCGGUUGCUGCCGACCAAUCAAGUUCGAGCUUCAGCUUUGUCAUGCUGUCAAUCAACGGUUACGCGCACAGCAAGCAAGCCCAUGCAGAGGUGGGCGAGCUACGCGCUACGCAACCGCGCGCACAUUUGUUUUGCUUGUGGAGGAGAGAGCAUCAGGGAUCAGCAACUUCCAGAAAAGUUACCAAUCCCACGGCUUGUCAGGCCAAGAGACUGCAGGACGUUUUUUGGCUCGGGGUGCUCGCGUCGCUCCCCGACCACGGCCUCCAUAGCCCGCCUGACGGCUUCGUUUAGAUGCCGUGGUCGGGGUGCUCGCGUUGCUCCCCGACCAUGGCUUCCAUAGCCCGCCUGACGGCUUCGUUUAGAUGCCCGACCUCUGGAGGAAGAUGUUGGGGCGUCUGGGACAUACUCUUCGUCAGAGGAGUCAUGCAAUUCUGAACUCUAGAUAGAAAUAAAUAAACAAUGUAACACAUAUACACGCGUAAAUGCACUAAGUUUGAUAAACAACAUCAUCGAGAGGGAUACACGAGUGUAAUCACAUAUUGAAACUUUACUCGUUCGUCCUAGCAGAUUCAUGUUAUUUUGGUAUUAGGACAAGUUAGACUCAAUACAGCAUUCUAACGUAAUUCCUUUAUUAUUUACUGAAUGUACUAAAUGUAGAAGAGGGGAAAACAGCAAAACAGGCCAGAUGCUGCAGCACUCCGGGCACUUCUCUCAUGUACUGUGCGCGUGCACAAAUAAAGGGGCGAAAUCAGAGGGAGGGACCAACAGUGUUUUGGGAGACGCUGCGAUUCAAACUCCGGACAGCAGCUUUAAAGGGCUUUUGUGUUUUUAAAAGAGUUUGGAAAUCUCACCAUUUCAGAGCUCCAAAAAAGCGAACCUUGAGUUAAAGUUAUUUUUUAGCUGCUCUUCCUGCGAUAAGGGUGUACUUUUUGACUGAAACUAUGUGUGAUGUUUGUGGUACAGUGCGAUACACUGUUGUCUAGUCUUUGCUGUGAUUUAGUAACUUCAAAUAUUUAACAAUAUGGAAUGAGUCAUUAUUUAAUUUGGAUUGAAAAACUCCAAACAGUGGCAAUAACUUGGACUCUAAAACAGCAGUUGCUCUUUUAAAACUCACUAUCAAAAUUUUUGUGGUGUUUUGUUGAAAGGUUUAAUAAGAAAUGACAAAUUGUUAGAAAUAAUUUAUGGCAUUAUGCGCUCAUAAUUUUAUCAAGUGUCUUUGUUAAAGACAAUGAAUCCCAGGUUUGUGUUCUAUCCUUUGAUCUCCCUCUGAAAAAUCUCCCACAUUUAGUGAAAAAUAUAAUUGUUUAGGAUUAAGAUGCCUCUACACACAUAUAUAUAUAAACUUAAUAUAUAAGUAACUUGAUUAAUAUAAUGCUGUAUAUAGCUUAAAGUAUACAGUUAGCUGUCUGAUCCAUUGAACUGACCAGAAUGUAUUUGUGUAAUAAUGUUAGUGACAAUAAUUCUGCUGCAGAGAGUAUUGAUUGAGCGGCUUUAAUUCUGAUGCUGAUCUCAACCAGUGUGACGCUUCUAGAGAUUUUUUUUUAGUUUGUUAACUGUAAUACCUGGAAAUGUGCAGUUGACACACACACACACACAGGAGUGAAAUUUCAUGUUUAGGAUGAUAGACUUUUGUGGCAGCUGGUUGGUAUGUAGGAAACAUGUAGCAACCUAAAGUAUUUACUGAGUCUUUGCUACUGGAGUUUAAUUGUGACUUCUAUGUGAUUUGUGUCUAAAUUAAAGAUAUACAUUAACCAAAA